GCUGUCGCGAGAGGUGCCGAGGGGCGGCCGCCGGUGCGCCUGCCCUCCGCUCCCCGCCCCCGCCCCCGCCCCCGCCUCCGCCGCGGCCCCCGCCUCCGCCUCCUUCUACUCGGGCGCCCCAGCUGCCGCCGCCCCUCCCCGGCCCAGGAGCGGUUGCGGAGCCGCCGCCGCCCAGACCGCGCAGCGCGGGAGACAGGAUCCGCACGAAAUAAAUCAGAAUGAGUUAUGCAGAAAAACCCGAUGAAAUCACGAAAGAUGAGUGGAUGGAAAAGCUCAAUAACUUACAUGUCCAGAGAGCAGACAUGAACCGCCUCAUCAUGAACUACCUGGUCACAGAGGGCUUUAAAGAAGCAGCGGAGAAGUUUCGAAUGGAAUCUGGGAUCGAACCUAGCGUGGAUCUGGAAACACUUGAUGAACGAAUCAAGAUCCGGGAGAUGAUCCUGAAAGGUCAGAUUCAGGAGGCCAUUGCCUUGAUCAACAGCCUCCACCCGGAGCUCCUGGACACAAACCGGUAUCUUUACUUCCAUUUGCAGCAACAGCAUUUGAUCGAGCUGAUCCGCCAGCGGGAGACGGAGGCAGCGCUGGAGUUUGCGCAGACCCAGCUCGCGGAGCAGGGCGAGGAGAGCCGGGAGUGCCUCACGGAGAUGGAGCGCACCCUGGCCCUGCUGGCCUUUGACAGUCCUGAGGAGUCGCCCUUCGGAGACCUCCUCCACACCAUGCAGAGGCAGAAGGUGGGGCCCAUGAGAGGGAAGCCUCCUUCCAUUGCUGACAUGCUCCAGGGGGAUUCGCAGAGACGCCACAUGGGUGUGGAGUGAAGUGAACCAAGCUGUCCUCGACUAUGAAAAUCGCGAGUCAACACCCAAACUGGCAAAAUUACUGAAACUACUACUUUGGGCUCAGAAUGAGCUGGACCAGAAGAAAGUAAAAUAUCCCAAAAUGACAGACCUCAGCAAGGGUGUGAUUGAGGAGCCCAAGUAGCACCUGCGCUUGUGUGGAGGACCCAACAGCGGCCCGCGUCGUGGCUUGCCCGGGAUCAGCCCGCGACUGCGGCUCUCUUACUGCAGUAGAGAACUCUUUUUCUCCCUUGUACUUUUUUUUGACCUGGCAUCUUUUUUUAUAGGGAAAAAUGGCCUUUGUGGGCAGUGGAAACUUGCAAGGAAAGGUGCCGUCCCUUGGGCAGUCUGAUGCAGAUUGCACCAGUACUUGCUGAAGAAUCUGGCAGUCUGUGGUUGGCUCUUCCGGCGUUCCCGGGGCCUCUGGCUGCUGAAGGAUUUGGUCUGCCCCGGAGGGCCGCAUCCCACUCCAAAUACAGGAAAAGCACGAAUCAUGAUUCUGCUUUCUGUUAGCUUAGGCAGACAUUACAUCUUACUUCCCCUAAAUCUUGUCAGGCCUUCACCUACAAGUUUUUCCUUACCCCUGUGGUUUGUUUUUUUUUUUUUUUCCGUAGGAAAAAACAUAUAAAUUUGUAAAUCCUAAUUCAAAGACGGCUUGUGUGUGAGGGCAUUCAGUUUGGUUUUCCCUUUGGUCUGGGUUGUGUGGCUUUUGGGAGAUGUGUGUGAGGGGCUAUGUGUUUUUUAAUUUUUUAAAUAUAUAUGUUGGUGCUGUGCGUGGUGAGAGACUUGUUCAUAGUGGAUCCACGAACCAUCUCUUCUGGGCAGUUUUGUUGAAAAUAAAGGUUUCUCUUUGAUUUCAAGAAUGACCAAAA